GGCUGGAGCAGACGGCGGCGGCGGGAGGCGGGCCCUCUCCCCCGGCGACCGGGGGCGGACACCUCCCCGCGGCCCGGCCCCGUCUCCCCGGCGCCCCCCGCCGCCAGGCUGCACACCCGGCCCGGCGGGACCGGCAGGCGAGUGCGGCUGGCCCUGCCCGCCCCGGGAUCCUCAGCGAGCCGGGGAGGAGCUGCCGCCGCCGCCGCCGCCGCCGCCGCCGCCAGACAGGCUGCGAGUCCCUGGGAAAGUGAAAGGGGGGCGGGGAGCGCGGGGGCGGCCGGGGUGGAAGGUCCCCGGCUCUUAAAGAGACCCGGCGCCCGCGCCGCGCUCCCCGCCGGCCCGCUGCGCGCCCCGCCCGGCGGCCCCGCGCCCCGCGCCCUCCCCGCAGCCCGCAGGCCCGGGUGGCCCCGCGAGCCGCACUGCGGGCGGUCCCCCGCCUCCGCUGCCUGGGCGGCCGCAGUGUGAGCGCUCCGUUUGCAGCCGCAGCCCUCCGCCUGCUCCGCUGGGACCCGCCAGGCGCUGAUCCGGCUCUUCAUAAUCUUAAAGCAAGGACAGAGGUGAAGCCCGGAGAGCAGCAGAUCAGGACAGGCUGGGCUCCCCCGGAGAGCUGAGCCCGUGGACAAUGCUGGCCACGGAGAGGCUGAGCAGGCCUGCGCCCUGAGUGGGACGGCAGGUCUCAGCGGGACAGCUCCUCCACGCCUGGGUCGCCAUGGCUUCGACGCUCUGGCUGGACGGCUGACGGGACUGUGCGCCCCGCACGCUGCCGGACUGCGUGCCGUCCUGCCGCCGCCCGCUCUCGGGUGUGGGAGCAGGGCUGGUGGGCGUCAGAUGCUCCCGAGCGCUGGACCGGCAGAGCAAUGGACUCAGACAGGCUAAGAUGGAAGUGACCUGAGGCCUCGCCUGGGCGGCUUCCUUGCGACGGGACAGCUUAAGCGUCGGAGCACACGCUUGACUGGGGAGCAGUAUGCAGGAAGCUGGUUUCCAGGCCACAAAUGCUUUCACAGACUGCAAAUUCACCUGCACCAGCGGUAAAUGCCUGUACCUUGGUUCGCUGGUCUGUAACCAACAGAACGACUGUGGGGACAACAGUGAUGAGGAGAACUGUCUGCUGGUGACCGAGCACCCGCCUCCGGGCAUCUUCAACUCGGAGCUGGAAUUCGCCCAGAUCAUCAUCAUCGUGGUGGUGGUCACGGUGAUGGUUGUGGUCAUCGUCUGCCUGCUGAAUCACUACAAGGUCUCCACACGGUCCUUCAUCAACCGCCCGAGCCAGAGCAGGAGGCAGGAGGACGGGCUGCAGCCGGAAGGGUGCCUGUGGCCUUCAGGCAGCUCGGUGCCACGGCCCGGGGCCUCCGAGAUCAUGUACGCCCCUCGGGCCAGGGACAGGUUCACUGCCCCAUCCUUCAUACAGCGGGAUCGGUUCAGCCGCUUCCAGCCCACCUACCCCUACGUGCAGCACGAGAUUGACCUCCCUCCCACCAUCUCCCUGUCGGAUGGGGAAGAGCCACCUCCUUACCAGGGGCCCUGCACCCUGCAGCUCCGGGACCCCGAACAGCAGAUGGAACUCAACCGAGAGUCUGUGAGGGCCCCGCCCAACCGGACCAUCUUCGACAGCGACUUGAUAGACAUUUCCGUGUACAGCGGGGGCCCCUGCCCGCCCAGCAGCAACUCGGGCAUCAGCGCGGCCACCUGCAGCAGCAGCGGGCGGGUGGAGGGGCCGCCGCCCACCUACAGCGAGGUGAUGGGCCGCUACCCGGGCGCCGCCGUCUUCCAUCACCAGCACCGCGGCGCUCACGGAGGCAGCAGGCUGCAGUGUCCGCAGAGCGACUCGGAGAGCACAAUAGUCCCCCUCAAGGGCAAAGACAGGAAGCCCGGGAAUCUGGUCUGACCCUCGGCUGCGCACUGGAACCCAGGAGGAGCCGCGGAGGGCAGAGGCCCCGGGUCGGCCAGGUGGUGUCGGUUUCACAUGGUACAACCAAGUAAAACCAAAUGUGCACACACGGCCUUUGUUUCUGCUUCCUUCCAGGGGAGCUGCAUGCGAAGGAGCCCAUGCAGACUUCCACCCGGUGGACCGCCAAGGCGUUUCUUCGGGGGCAGGGUGGGGAUGGGGGAUGGUUUUGGCAAAGCGGGGCAGGGAAACAGAGAGGGGGUGCUUCAAAGAUAUCAUGAAAUAAGAACCACAGAGGUAUUUGAUUUAUUUAAUUCCUAAAAGAGACUUCAGAUUAAAUGAGGCCAGAAUGGCCUGUUUUGUAACUAACUGAAUAAAGGAAGUGUUAUAUUAUCAUGGGGAAGAAUCAGCCCAUUGGCUUUUUCUCCUAAGGUGUGGAACUUUUAUUUUGUUUUAAAAAUAUGAAACAAAAUUCCUGUUCUGUGUGCCAAGGUAUAAAGUGGGGAAGUUAGAUGAAUGCAAGGAGCUAAUCUUUGUUGAGAUUGUGUGUUUCCAAAGUUGCACUAUUGAUGUUUAAAAUAUAUAUGAGGGAACUGUUUUGCGUGAAGUUCUGUAUGUUGCUUGUCUUUUCCCCUGUGGAUGGUUAUUAGGCCCAAGGAACAUCCUAGAGUGUUCCCAGAAUCACUAAGAAGACGUAUUUGGGGAGGUAGCUAAUACUUACCAAAUUAUGUAACUCGGCCAAGUGAUGAUUGCUGCAAGAAUUUGCAUCCUAUCGUGGUGCAUCACUGAAGCAUGUGGAGACGCUGGGAUGGAAGAUAGGAAAUACCAAGUUCCAGCACCUCUGACUUCUUUGAGUUAUUCCGCUAGUUUUAGGCUGCAUACCUUAUAAAAUGAACUCAAUGCGUGCAUUUCCGUAUCCAGCAUCAUGCAGUGCCGCCCUUGCCCGCCAGCAGCGUGGUUCCUCCAGUGAUUUAGAUUUUUCACUGUAGCAUGAAAUAUAUUCAGAUACAUAUUUUUUUGCAAUAAAUUGUUUAAAAUGCAAGGUGGUUAUUUUGCAUACUGCUGAAAUAUGUGACUCUCGGUGUGUCCCCUUGCCUCUCCCCUU